GUUGUGUGCCCCUCACUCCUCGCGCCAGUUCCAGAGGUGCGUUGGAGCCAUGGCUGCCGCCAACCCGUGGGACCCAGCGUCCGCGCCGAGUGCAGCUGGGUUACUGCUGAACCAUUUGGUGGCUUCAGGGAUAGUCACUGAGGAGAUGUUAGAUAUAUCUAAGAACACGGCUCCUUGCUUUGUGAACUUUUCCAGAUUACAGCAGAUCUCAGAUCUUCAAGCUAAAAUCUACCAGAACAAUCUGGAAAUUGAACUUCUGAAGCUAGAAAAGGAUACAGCAGAUCUUAUUCAUCCUACCUAUUUGGUUGAGAAAUAUGAUGUUCUGCAAAGCAUGAAUAAUCAUCUGGAAGCAGUGCUAAAAGAGAAGCACACCAUCAGGCAAAGACUGCUGAGACCCAUGUGCCAGGAGAACUUGCCAAUGGAAGCUGUUUAUCACAGAUAUAUGGUACAUAUGCUGGAAUUGGCUGUGACUUUCAUUGAGAAAAUGGAAACGAAUCUUGAAAUAAUUAGAAAUAUCCCUCAUUUAGAUGCAAACCUAAAGAAAAUGAGCAAAGCUUUAGCCAAGAUGGAUAUUUUGGUGAACAAGACAGAAGAACUGGCAGAGAAUAUACUCAAGUGGCGAGAUCUACAAAAGGAAAUUUCCUUGUACAUCCCCAGAAUGCUGACUGAAGAAAAUCAUCUUCAUGAACUUGACAUAGUGCCUCCUUUACCUUUUCUUUCUAAGGCUCACACUGAGACCUCUGAUGCCAAGUGAUGCCAUCUUUACGUUCAGUCAAUUACAUGUAAUCAGAAGUCCCUGUCUAGAUUGUUACGACAGGCAUAUUGAUAGGCUUUGUUGCUAGCAGCACUGAAGCCUUCUUAGUAUUGGAAUAGCAGAGCCAGAAAGAUAUCUCAGUGGGGAAAAGCUCCUGCUUCAAGCCUCACAGCCUGAUUCAAUCCCUGGGAUCCACAUAUCAGAAGGGGAUCACUGAUUCCCACAGAUUCUCGAGCCUAUGAUGUCCACACAUGUGUCAUCAUAUGUAUGUGCUAUACACACAAAAAUAGACAAAUGAAAGUAAUAGAGAGCGAGUGAGCACAUUGGAGCACCAGAAUUUUAGGUUCAUUAGGAUCAAACUGACCUUUAUCUAUGUUUUCACUCUCUUCAGUGAGGCUUAAAAAUGAUCAACUAUACAUAUGAUUAUAAGUGAAUUGAACAUUCUUCAGGCAGAAGGUUUUGUAUUAUGAUUCUGCAUUGUAUCUUUUAAAAACAUUUCUGGAUUGGAAUGUUCCAGAAUCUGUAACUGAACUCACCAGGCCUGUUCCCCUUUGAAGACUUCAUGAAGUAGUGGUUCCUUGGCUGGCCCACCUAGAACCAUAGGUAAUAGGAGGAGGAACAGGGCUCAGUGUGAUCAGGCUGUACAGUAGUUUGUGGGGGAUGCUUUCUUUCCUUCUGAGAGUCUAGGAUGUUGGUACACACCGAGUAGAAAGUACCUUUGCUACUGGUCCCUACAGAAUUGCAGAGCACCUCAUCCCUAACCGUUUUGGUGACAGAGAGCAUUUAAGUGUAGCAGUUGAGUUGUACUAAGUCACAGCUGUGAGUGUGAUGACACUAAGUCUUGUAACUCCUCUGGGCAGUUCACUCACUGAACCUGGUUGUAUCCUUAGGACUGCUUGGAAAUAAACGCUGGUGGAGGAUGUGUGCUGGUGGACUUAGGAUCAACAAAGAAGAAACAGUCUUGUAAAAAUUUAGAAUUUUUUGUUUUGGUGCUAUAUGUAACCAAGGCAGAACUUGGACUCACUAUGUAGCCCAGGCUGGUCUCAAACACAUGAUUUUCCUUGCCUCAGCCUCCCAAGUGCUGGAAUCACAGACAUGUGGCUAAAGGUUAGAGGUGUGUAAUGGAAAAUACUGAUAUUUUACUCACUUAGGGUUUUCUUAAGAUGGAGACUAGUAUAAUAAAUAGAGAUUGUAACAGUUGUCCCAAGAACUUCUCAUUUAUAUCAGUACUGUAAGUACGUCUGCCUUAUGUUUAAACUGGGAUCUGGUUUCCUUUCAAGUAUAUACAUCAGGAUUUCCUUACUGUAGCAUUCUGCACUGUGGGCAUUCAUCAAACCUGCUCAUCAUAUCUUAAUACAAGACUUCACUUGGUGGAUAGUAAAGGAAAUGUUCCUAAGGAAGCAGGAUCUUUACCCCCAAAGAGCCCUGUUAAAACAACAGGUUAUUGUUUUUAAAGUCUACAGCUUUUACGAAUGUGCCAUACACAAGUGGUAUUGAGAUUUUGAACAUCACCUAGACAAGUCAGUAGAAUUAUUCAUUUUCCUUGUAGGAAUUCUUGUGUAUUUAUGUGUAAAUAUACUCAUUACUUUGUCAUUGUCAA